UUGCUAUGGUGACCACGAAAUCAGAGAGCUAUUGUUAACCAAAUAGACAUUUUCACAUCUUGAGUAGAAGUGACUCUCUCUUCUACAAAAUCUAAUUGUAUAAUCUUUGAAGUUUGAAAGUAAGUAAAAAAAAAAAAAAAAAAAAUGGCCAAAAAUAUUUCAAAUUGUUAACGACUCCAUUGCCUUAUUCAAGAUAAGACAAUAAUGGCUUUGCAACUUUACCGAUUUCCACUACCUUCUUCUUCUUCUUCUUCUUCACUUACCCAUUUUCUCUUCCUCUACAACCAACCAUAUUACCACCUUGCUUUGAGAAAAAGGAAAUUGGGUAACUUUUGCCUACACUACCAUAAAAGUAACAAUAGCUGGAGAAGAAAGAAGACUGGCUUGUUGGUUGGUAAAGAAGACCUAGAGUUGCGUGUUCAAAAUGGAGAAGAAGAGUUUGAGGAGGAAGAAGAAGAAGAAGACGAAGACGUAGCACCACCUAGUCCUCAAGACCUUGAAUACAUUCAAGAAAUCAAAAGGGUAGUGGAGCUUCUUAAGAAAAAUAGAGACAUGCUUUUUAAUGAGGUUAAGUUGACAAUUAUGAUUGAAGACCCAAGAGAAAUUGAGCGAAGGCAGCUACUUGGCAUUGACGGUCCUGAUGAUCCAACCAGAGAUGACUUGGUUGAAGCUCUAGUACAAGUGAAUGAAGGCAAAGUACCAAAAAAUCGUGUUGCGCUCAAAAUGCUUGCUGAGGAAAUGGCAAAUUGGCCUAAUUUAGAGGUUGAAGCACCAAAGACAAAGCCAAAAAAAUCCCUUUAUGCAAAAGCGACGGACACUGGUAUAGAUCCUAAAGAGGCUGCUAAGAGACUUAAAAUUGAUUGGGAUUCAGCUGCUGACAUUGAAGACGUUGAAGACAGUAAUGAAACAGAAGUGCCUGCAGCUGUGGGUUAUGGAGCAUUGUACUUGGUCUCAGCAUUUCCCGUCAUCAUUGGUAUUUCAGUAGUAUUAAUCUUAUUUUAUAAUUCUCUUCAGUAGGAAAUUUUGUGAUGUCAUAUAAUCUGUAUUAUUGCAUACAUCCAAACAAUGUGAACAACAAUUGUUUAUAUAAUUUGAUGUUUGCUCAUGGAUGUGUAUCUUUGCAAAUGUUGAGUUGCGAA